UCUCCUGGUAAGGCUUCUGGCUAUCAUUAGUUCUGAAUACUGUGUUUUUUUGUUUUAGAAAAAAAUGGAUGUGAAUUUUGGUCUGUCUUUGAGAUUUACUUGGAUUUGUUGCCUGCUGAUUGUAGGGAUAACCUGUUAUCCUCCACCUAAAGGUGACUAUAGAUAUCUUCCCCAAAUUGCAACAAAGGGAACCGGCUCCUACGCCCCCGCAACAAAGGGAACCGGCUCCUACGCCCCCGCAACAAAGGGAACCGGCUCCUACGCCCCCGCAACAAAGGGAACCGGCUCCUACGCCCCCGCAACAAAGGGAACCGGCUCCUACGCCCCCGCAACAAAGGGAACCGGCUCCUACGCCCCCGCAACAAAGGGAACCGGCUCCUACGCCCCCGCAACAAAGGGAACCGGCUCCUACGCCCCCCGCAACAAAGGGAACCGGCUCCUACGCCCCCGCAACAAAGGGAACCGGCUCCUACGCCCCCGCAACAAAGGGAACCGGCUCCUACGCCCCCGCAACAAAGGGAACCGGCCCCUACGCCCCCGCAGCAACGGAAGCACCCGGCCCCAACGCCCCCGCAGCAACGGAAGCACCCGGCCCCAACGCCCCCGCAGCAACGGAAGCACCCGGCCCCAACGCCCCCUCAGCAACGGAAGCACCCGGCCCCAACGCCCCCUCAGCAACGGAAGCACCCGGCCCCAACGCCCCCUCAGCAACGGAAGCACCCGGCCCCAACGCCCCCUCAGCAACGGAAGCACCCGGCCCCAACGCCCCCUCAGCAACGGAAGCACCCGGCCCCAACGCCCCCUCAGCAACGGAAGCACCCGGCCCCAACGCCCCUCAGCAACGGAAGCACCCGGCCCCAACGCCCCCUCAGCAACGGAAGCACCCGGCCCCAACGCCCCCUCAGCAACGGAAGCACCCGGCCCCAACGCCCCCUCAGCAACGGGAAGCACCCGGCCCCAACGCCCCCCUCAGCAACGGAAGCACCCGGCCCCAACGCCCCCUCAGCAACGGAAGCACCCGGCCCCAACGCCCCCUCAGCAACGGGAAGCACCCGGCCCCAACGCCCCCUCAGCAACGGAAGCACCGGCCCCCACUAGCACGGAAGCACCCGGCCCCAACGCCCCCUCAGCAACGACUGACCCAAAUACCUUAGGUGAAGCGACAGGCGCCCCUGCCUCGGCAGAAGCGACAGGCGCCCCUGCCUCGGCAGAAGCGACAGGCGCCCCUGCCUCGGCAGAAGCGACAGGCGCCCCUGCCUCGGCAGAAGCGACAGGCCUUGAACAGGAGGGCCAACUUCUCAAGCAACUUGGAUUUUAG